AAAAGGAAAUGAAAAAGGAUCCUUCUCUGUCUCUCCUCACUCCAUCGUGUUAUACGUGUGCGUGUGCGCAUGCAAGUGCGGCUCUAUCUCUCUCCCUUCGCAUACGCCCUCUUUCCAAAGCCAACCGGAUAAUACUCAUAUUCCUUCCAUCUCUUGCUCCUCCUAGGUUUAUCCUCUCUGUAUCGGGAGCGACGGCUAUAUCUCAAAGUUUCUUGCCAGGCUUUUACUGCGAAAUCCGGGGAAUUCAAUUUCUUACGGCCUUUCACCGAGAGCACCGUCGGAGGACAUCAGAGGGGUUCAAAUUGGACAUUGGCUCCGGUUGCGUCUAUUAUGUUGUAUAUGGAGGAAAGAUGUUUGUUAAGGAUGAUCAAGACUGUAUUUUACAUAAUGUGGAUGUAAAUUGCUUUCACUGAGUUUCUGGCAUCUGUGGUGAUGGCGGCUGACCAGCGGAGAAAACGAUUACUUGGUGCAAGCAUUAGAGGUUCCAGUUCUAGGCAGAAGCAUAGAUUGAAAAGGACGGAUUUAGGAUUGCCACAAAAUGGCUCAAACAUGCAAUCUCAUAUUUCUCUUGAGUGGGAUGGCAAUCAAAAAAGGGUUGUUGCUAAAAGGGAACAAAUUGGCAUAAGCUGGAGAGAUGUGAAGACAUUUAGUAAUUCUGUUCUUUGUCAUCAGAACACCUUAGCAGAUGUUUUUCCUAUUCCUCAAGAAAUCUUGAAGUUAGAAAAUUUGACAGAGGUUCUUUCGUAUGAGGUUUGGCAGAGUCAUCUAUCAGAGAAUGAGAGAAACUUUCUUGUGGGGCUUCUACCUCGAGGAUCAGAGCCACAACAAGUUGUGCAGGCAUUGCUUGCUGGGGAUAACUUUCACUUUGGAAAUCCGUUUCUCAAAUGGGGUGCUUCACUUUGUUCUGGUAGUCUACAUCCCGAUGCAGUGCUUCAUCGGGAACAUUGUUUAAAGGCUGAGAAGAAAACAUAUUACUUGAAGUUACAGAAGUAUCAUAAUGAUAUGAUAGGAUACUUACUGAAGUUGAAAGAGAGAUGUGAAAGCUGCAAGGAUCCAGAGAAGGAAAUUGUGCAGAAAAUAUGGAAGUCAAUAGACGGAUUGGAGAAAAGAAUACCCUCACAUGGAAAUGAGUCCAUAUUUCCUGAUCCUGAGGACGAUUUCACAGCUACAUCUGAAUCUUGUUCUGGGGCAGCUGACGACAAAGUAUGUAGUAGUGAUAACCAGAACUCUUCAUUGAUGAAGCAUGCUGAACUUCUAAAAAGGGUGUCUGAGAAAGGCUUCACGAAAGAUGAAGGUAAAAAUCUAUGGAUUGCUUCAGAUGAUGUGCUUAAUUUAGGAGCAAAAGCUGGAAUUGGAGACAAGCUACACGGGCAUAAUAUCCACAGUAGUGAUGGUGCGAAAUAUAUGUCAUAUUUCAAGAUUAGUAAGAAGCAACAUGAACUUGUCAAGAAUAUGAAGCAGUCUGGUAAGAGCAUCCAGUCCAGCUCUCUUAAUCGUGUUUUGGGCAAUAUUGAUAGUUUUCAUGUACAACCAUAUGAAGUAUUUGUGGAAGAAGAGCAGAAGAAACUGCAUCAGCACUGGUUACAACUGGCAACCAAAGUUCUCCCGGUGGCAAUUGCUGACUGGAGAGAGAAAUGGUUUCGAAGAUGGCUAAUGGCUAAUUCUUUGGAACAAGAAAUGAAAGAUAAGCUAAAACCUCUAAUGCAGGAUGAUGAUAACAAGAACCUUGAGAACAUGCUUCAGGAUCAGAAGGAAAAUAAAUUGAUAAACAAUGUAUCUACUGUGGAAGAUGAUGAAGAGUCUGUUCUUGGCUCGCCACGGAAUCAAGAGUCUGUUCCUGGCUCCCCGCAUAAUCAUGAGUCUGUUCCUGUGUCGCCAUGGAGUCAAGAAUCUGUUCCUGUUUUGCCACGGGAUCAAGAGUCUGUUCCUGUCUCCCCACAGAAUCAGUCUCCACAGCAGAUUUAUUCUCUCAGUUGUGGCCAUGAGGUCGAUACCAUGGCCAUGGAGUCCGAGAACAAUCAUAUCAUGCCAAAGUCAGAUACUGGUCCUAGAGAUGAAACCGAAUACUCAGGGAAUUUGAACACUGCAGACAUUGUAACCAGUCAGGGAGCGUCUCUUACUUCUGGAAAAAAUGUUUGGCCAUCUGUUAGCAUGCCCCAAUCUUACAAUGAUUCUACUGCAAGCCAUGAAUUCACAGUGGCAGCACUUGAACAUUCACGAGUUAAUGACCUACAACGGGCCCACUCAAUUGAUCUAGAAUCUGAUUUGCAUGUAGAAGAGACUGGGAAAGAUUUUUUACACAGGCAAUCAGGUGAAUGUUCCUUCAGUUCUUAUCCAAGCCAAGACCAAAAUGAGUUACUUCAAUCUCUCUUUAAGAGCCAAGGGAUAGUAUCCUACCAUCAGGAGCAGAAACAGAAAGGUUUAGCAUUCCAGCCACCAAACAAUUUGACGAUGGAAAAUGGUCAGUUUCCUGGGAAUUUCCAGGAGCAGCCACAGCAGUCACUGCCACUGGAGCAGGAUCAGAAGAGACAGAACGGGGUUUAUAUGCAAAGAAAUGGCUCAGGGAACAUGUACUCUGAUGGAGUUAGAUACUCGAUCCCAAGGCAAGAACACAUGGCACCGGUGACUCUGCAGGAUUGGACUGUCAAUAGCAUUAGUAUGCCAGCACCUCUCCAAUCUGGCUUAAAUGGCGAGGAAUUGUUGAGUCAGAACUGGUAUUCUGGUGAGCAUCAAGUUCAUGGUGGGUGGACUGGUUCAGAUGGAGUUAGUUUCCAGAGUCAGAGCAUUGGAAGUGGAAGUGGUGCAGAUCAGAGUAUAAUUGACGUUAUAACUCAUUGUAACCAAUUACGUCCAACUGGCCCUUAUGAUUCAGUAGGAUCCACCGAGCAGUUCACUGCAUUGAGGAACUAUGGAAUUGUGGGUGGGGUUACUCCCAGGAUCAACAAUGUUCUACCACAAGCAUCGCAUCCACUAGACUACUUGAGCGGGCGUGAAGCAGGAAUUUCCAUGAUCCCUGAUGAUAUGGGAUGGAUGAACUUGCCACAUCAGAGUUCUGUUUUACAUGAUCCAAUGGGGAAACCGUACUUGAGGUCGUGGAACAAUUAAGAUCAUCCUUUCCCCUUUUUGGAUUAGUGUUCAAUUUAUGAGCUUGGUUGGAAGACGAGAGGUAAGAGAAAAAUGCCUAGUGCAAAAUGCACGUGCCGGGAGUUUGUGGCUUCGGGUGACUUUUGAGAUUUACUACAAAUUCACGUCAGCCAAGCUUAUAAAAUUCCAAGAUAGGUUUUUGUACAUACCUAUACAAGACCCAAAUUCAGAUGGCAUGUAUAUAUCUCUAGAUGUUAGAUGGGCAGGAGGAAUUUAUGGGAAGGGGAAAAAUCCAGGUUUCUCAUAGUUCCAAGUUAUAAUUUACCGUUUAUCAUUUUCAUUGGAUUUUUCUUCUAUGAUUUAUGAGAAGGUUUUUAAUAAUUGUUAAUGUAGAUUAA